UUUUCUUCCUCCGUAAUAUAUACCCAUGACAUAAACUAAGUGAUGUUCAACCCAAGCGUAACAACACAACAGCCGUUGGCACUUGGCUAGAUAUAUGGCGAUGUCACAUCAGGAGAACUCUUCAGCAAUGGCACAGUGUCCGUGCGAAAUGCCACCGAAUCAGCAGAGGACAUGGAGUUUGUUGGAAAGUUGGUGUUCGAGGGGUUUGAACGGAAAUUUGUCCAUGCUACAAGUCGAGUGAGCUUACCCGCAAUGAGAACUAUGUAUUCGAACAAUAUGAAAGGGAGGCCUCCACUGUUUUAUGAAAGACACUUCAUUGCUGAAUAUAAUGCAGAUAAAGCUGGAGUCUGUGUCCUUCGUUACCAUGGAGAUUCGAAACUUUUUCCAGAGAGGGACGAAGACGUGCCGCCUUUGGGGUGUUGUGACCUGUGUGGAUUAGCCCUUUUAAACCUUGCAACAUCUUCUGAGGUUCCUGCUGGAAAAUGUUAUGUAGAUCAUAUUUGUGUAGACUCGAAAUUUAGAGGUAAAGGCAUUGGGAAAGUUCUAUUAGACACGGCUGAAGUCGACGCUAAGAAAAGAGGAUGUAAGGAAAUCUUUUUAUGGGUAGCUACAAACAACAGGGCCAAAAACUUGUACGAAAGACAGGGAUAUGUUACCAAAGAGACAACAUCACUUUGCUGUUGUGGAAUGUGGUGUCUGACUGGAGAAAGAGAAUUUGCACUCAUGGAGAAGGUUCUAUUAUAAAUGGUUCGCUUGACUGCAGAUGGACAGAGAAUCCGAUCGAGCUCAGGAGAAGAAAUCUCGAACCUGUUAAAAUUCACAUAUCACAUUAUCUGCCGUAGCCGCUUAAAAUUGUGAUCAUAUUUUAUUUAGAUCUACCAAGUAGUAUUUCCUCUAUUUCAUAUGGAAACUAAUAGUAAAUUCAUAGCUCUAUAGAAACAGCCAGACUGAAAUCUACACGUCCCGUCCAUUGAUUGGUCGAAAUCGACAGCAGCUGAAACUGACGAGAAACUGACAAGACUAAAAUUGACACGCCCUGUUUAUCGAUUGGUCGAAACCUACAGCAACCUAAGAAAAAUCACGGACUGCACGAAAUUAUCAUGAUUAUGUCAGACUCAAAGUCUCACAGGUGCCGAUUUGGCUGGUUUUUUAGCUAACGUACUUAUGUAUAUUAACAGUAAUUCAAUGAAUUUUACUCACUUUUUCAUAAUCAAUUUAUUACUUACGUAAAAAAAAAUGUUAAUAUAAACAAUAAAAUGCUCUCUUUGAUGAUUCAUGCGGGUAAUGAAGGUAGCGAUCAUUGCAGGAAAAAAAUACAUAACCCGCUAACGCGGGUUAUGUAUUUUUCCUGCAAUGUCGCUACUUUCAUAUCCCGAAUGAAUCAUCAAAGAAAGCAUUCUAUUGUUUAAAUAAACACUCUUUUAGUUACCUUGUUCCUAGAACUAUUUUUUUUGGUGAAAAGAUAUAAUUUAAACGCUCAAUGGAAUAAUGAAUGAUUUUGUGAAACAAAAAUCGGUUUUUGUAUUUUUAAUUUUACACAUGAAUUUUUUGAUGAUGCAUGAUUUAUGUAACUUCACCAAACUCAAUAAAGCCUUAAACAAACGUGUAUCUUGCUUGUCCAUGGAUCGACGUUAUGUCUUUUUACAAAAUGAAUUACAUGUACCUUUGACGGAGUUUUUAAUGUAUGAAGUUCUGUUGUAUACAUUUUAGUCUCUUUGCUGACUGUGAUAAUUAUUCAUAAUUGUCUAUUUCAUUAAACAUGUAUGUAUCAAAUUUUAUUUGUAAUAAAUAGAAAAAAAAGUUGUCUAUACAUUCUCUUGUCCCUAUCUUUUAAAAU